CAACGGCAAACUGGAAAUAAUCGGGAUUGAGUUACCCCUUAUCUUCAACACAGGCGGGCAAUUCACGUCUGAGAGGAGCUAAAAUGGCUGCUGAUUAAGCUCAACUUACUUCGUUGCUUCCUUCUUUUGAACUUCCCUCAAUGAGAUCAGCGACAUUUCUGAAAACCCAUUGCCCUUACGUUUCGCUUCCCCUUCAUGGCUUCAGCUUUUCGGCAACGAAGAACUCGUUUGUUUCUGUCACUCCCUGUAAAUUUGAACCAUUUCUCUUUAAUUUGAGAGCCAAACCGGCCCGAUUCCUUGUACUUUGCUACCGGGAUUCCGAGAAAUCUGCUCUGGAACAACAAUCUUUGGGGGUCGAAGAUUCGAAUGGGGCUUUGACGGUAGAGAAUACAGAGCAAAAUCAAUGGAGCGUGGAAGUGGGUAGCCCAAGCUUUGGAUUUUGGCCUCUUGCUAAAUUGAGCUUGAACGAUAAGGCUUUUCUUCUAUUCACAUUCAUUGCCCUUACGACUUCUGUGGCAUUUACAAGCCUUGUCAUUGCAGCUGUGCCAACAUUUAAUGCAAUGCGCAGAGCUGCCAUUUCACUUUCAAAGCUAGCUGACACAGCUCGUGAAGAACUUCCUGGUACAAUGGCCGCCAUUAGACUUUCAGGCAUGGAGAUCAGUGAUCUAACUCUUGAACUAAGUGAUCUAAGCCGGGAGAUAGCUGAUGGGGUAAACAAAUCUGCUCAGGCCGUCCAAGCAGCAGAAGCUGGAAUUCGGCAGAUCGGUGCACUUGCCCACCAACAAACUAUGUCAAUGAUUGAAGAGAGAGCAAGUCUGCCCAUUAUUUCUUUGCAGCCUGUUGUUGUUGGAGCUGCAAAGAAGACUUCUCGUGCUGUUGGCAAAGCCACACGAACGAUCAUGAAAAUGAUAUCCGGAGGAGAAAGUACGGAGAAUGAUGAUGAUAAUAGUUUAGAUAGACUGGAAGUUUAAGUUUAAUGGUUCCUUGCUUCAAAUCAAAACAAUGGUGUAAAUAUCACACGAGUGUAGAUCAUGUAGUUGUUGAUAUGAAGUCGAAACACAUGUUUAGACAUUCAAAACUGGAAAAUUUUCUUACAAAGACUUAUAAAUCAGCUUUAUCCUA